CCUUACCCCGGCUCCCCGUCCCCUCCUACACAUACCUUCUGCGGCUUUUUCUAAGAUCCUUUCAGACCUCUUUCUUCCUCUCGGGUCUCCGCAACUCCCGCACGCGCAACUGGCGCUGCUGCAGCAUUUUAAGUACCAGUCGUAGCUUUUCCCUUCCCCAGACCCAACGAGAAUUUAAGAGCCGCAACCAUGGCGGAAGCUAAGGCGUGCACCGUGCGGACGCGCAAGUUCAUGACGAACCGCCUUCUGCAGCGGAAGCAGUUUAUCAUCGACGUGCUUCACCCUGGAAAGGCCAACGUGUCAAAGUCGGAGCUGAAGGAGAAGCUGGGCGCCAUCUACGAGAAGAGCGACCUCUCGUGCAUCUUCGUGUUCGGCUUCCGCACGCAGUUCGGUGGUGGCAAGUCCACGGGCUUCGGCCUCAUCUACGACAACCUCGAGGCCGCCAAGAAGUUCGAGCCCAAGUACCGCCUCAUCAGGAACGGUUUGGAGGAGAAGAGGAACAAGGAGAGCCGCAAGCUGAUGAAGGAGCGGAGGACAAGAGCCAAGAAGGUCCGCGGCGUCAAGAAGACCAAGGCUGCAGCUGCUGAGAAAAAGAAGUAAGCUUGCUGAUACAUGGCCAGCAGGAGAGACACUUAGAGCGCAUAGGCCUUGUUUGCCAAGGAAAUGUCGCAGGGUAGUGGUGCUGGGGCAUUUGCGGGCCAAAGCUAGCUAAAUGGCUGAAGCAAAGCAUCCUUCUCUUGUUCUCUCAUCUCAUCAUCACCAUUGUAUCUCUGUAAUCCUGUGGUAACGGCCUUUUCAGUGUCACUUUCUUUUGGACCUGCUGUUGCUGUCGUUAGGCUGUUUCUAGUUAGUAAAUGCUAAGUGGAAUUGAUCGCACUUGGCAAUGAGCAUAGCCGUUCCAUUCAGAAUGUAAUUGUCUUUUUUGCCGAGUAUCCACUGUCUUUGGUACUCCCUACUUCAACGACGGUUCACCCUCUCUCAACCGUCAUCCCCUGUCUGUACUUCACGAUCUGCUAACAGUCUCACUUCCUUCCAAGCCCUUACAUGAUUCAUUAGCCACUGAGUUAGUUCUGUUCUCAGUAAUUCAGCAGCAUGACUGCAGUCGUUUGCCUCGAGUCGGAUUCCCAGCUGUAUCGUCGUCGCAAGAACAUGCACAGCCUUUCCGUAGACCUCGCGCGCGUUCCUCGCUUCGAUCACCGACGGUCGGCUUCAUCGCAUGAACUUACACCCUUCUCCUCUCUCCUCCGCGGCGAAGUUCACGCUCUUCCCCACGAUGCGCCAUCAUCGCAUGCAUCCACUGCCGCGUCUCGCCGCCCCCCUGCUCUCGCGCAGCCCAAAUCCCGCCGCACCUCGCUCGGCGGUUCGUCCGGUUCCUGUGCGCGCGUGUAUACUGACGCAUGCCACGCGCCCGUGUCCACGUCACCGACAUCGUGGCAGCCGCGCUCCCCCACGGUCGUGCGCAGCCCGCACGCGGAGAUCAUCCGCCAGCAGGCGGAGUCCGCGCAAGCGCGCGAGGCGGAGAUGGACCGCGCGUGGGAGAGCGCGGAGCGCGCAUCUGAGAGCUCAGCAGGAGAUUUCACCGCAGCCCAGCCGACAGAGAAGGAGCGCGGUCAGCAUGCGGCCAGCUGCGACGGCGAAAAUCGCCGCGGCGACGAAGAAAUCUCUCCUAGAAGCUUAGCGCUGAAGCUUUGCUCUUCCAAACUCGGGUGGCGCACGUUUCUCUCCCCUGCUGCUUCGCGUCUCGCAUCACAGCCGACGAAUCUGAGCCGUCCGAGUCAAGGCGGCGGCGGCGCGCGAGAUAUGCAUGGUCCGGGAACCAAGGAGGCCUCGAGGAGUUUCCGUGAAAUGCUGCGGGAGAUCCAACGCGGCGUCGAGUCGGGCGCGUGUAAGAACACCUUUUCCGCCAUUGGCGCACCGUCUGCGUCAUCGGCGCAAAGAGAUGCGACAAUUGACGCGACUCCGAGCCUUCAUCGGUGCGCUCGCUCGCUUACCAGCAUCUCCGCCCAAGAUGUUUUCCCUACCGGGGGGAUUUUUCCCGAGGCAUCAUCCGCUGUUGCUUCAAACAACGGCGCAUCCGUCGGCAUUGCCGACGCGGCGCGCGCGGCUAACGCAGACUGCGGAAGUAUUUUGACUCGGCCGCAUUUUUUCGUGGCGGAUGCGUGCGAGGAGCAAGGCAUCAAGCGAACGGGAUUGGAAGGAGUGCGAGAGGACGACUUGACGGAUGACAACGGCGAUCAAGAUCGACGCCAAGCGACUCCCACAGGGUUUAAUGCGCGGUUUCAAGGCCCGCCGAUCGGCUCGAAUAAGCUUCACGCUCCGCGCGCUGGUGAAGCCGUCGGCGCUGGUCGCCGGUUGGUCAAGCAGUGGGGAAGUGCGAACUCGAUUCCUUUGUCACCUGCUGCCCAAUCCCAGCUGACCUACCGCUCUAAGAAUUGCUCGAGCGCUAAUAGCCUAAGACCGGAUUGCCUUAGUCCUACGGACGCUACCAUGGGCAGGGAAUCCCCGCCUGCGCCCGUCCCCUGCCUUCUGCGGCGGCACACAAGCAUGACCACCUCUGAUGUGUGUAGUGGAGGGACUGAUCAGGCUGCAAGAGGGCACAGAAGAAAGGUGUCGUUUAAGUCUACAGUGCAGGUUAGAACGUACAUGUGUGUAGAAACAUGAAACAGGCUGAAAGAGGGCACAGGAGGAAGGUGUCGUUUAAUUCUACACUGCAGGUUAGAACGUAUAUGUGUGUAGACACGUGAAACAUUGUGAGUUGGGAUUUUAUAUGGCGGAGUAUUGAAUGGACUAGUAUGUGAGAUACAGGGUUGUUAUGUACUCUCUAUAA